GCGUCGUGGUGACAUGUCAGCCCGCCUGCUGCUGCUGUGUUGCGCCGUGCUGGCGGCGGCUCGAGCUCGCAGGAGUUCACCGGAGCAGGAGGAUGUUCAGGAGAAGAUCAGCAGCGCCAGAUGCACGUCCAGGUGCCUCACGCUGCACAUGACCCAGCUGACGGCCGCCUUCAGGCACCUCCAGAGUGACCAAGUUCUGGUUUGGUGUGAAAACCACCGACGCUGCGCCCAGUGCCUUCAGCCAUGCAAAGAACUGUGGGAAACCCGGAGGGUGCUGUCUCCAAAGUCCUGUGAGAAGCAGACGGAGUGUGUGACGAGCCGGGAGUUUCUGGCCUCGCUCAGGUCGUCUCGUCAGGGCGACUGCCCUCCGCCUCAGCGAGCCACGGGAUUCGCUGCGGCCUGCGUGGAGAGCUGCUCGUCAGACCAGCAUUGUCCGUCCCCCAGGAAGUGCUGCGCCAACGGCUGUGGACACACCUGCCAAGCCCCGGCCAAUCUGUAUAAAGGCGUUCCUCUGAAGCCUCGUCGAGACAUGAGCUUCGUGGAGGACGCAGAGGGUCACGUGAAGGUGUUGUGGGUGUCAAAGUUCAACGUCAGCGUGGAGCCCAUCGUUUACAUGCUUCAGUCCCGCUGGAACAUCGGCAUUCACCCCAGUGAGGACCAUGCCUCUCCGUGGACUACUGUCGCCAUGACUCUCUCUGAAGACGUGGUGCUGUCAGAUCUAAGACCUCAGCGUUGGUACCAGUUUAGAGUCGCAGCCAUCAACAGUCACGGCAGCAGAGGUUUCACCACGCCCAGCAAACACUACAUCUCCAGUAAAGACCCUUCACCUCCAGAACCUCCGAUAAACGUCAGAGUCAGCAACCAGACUCUAGACCGGACGAGUUCACAACCUGCGUCCCAGUUCACAGAAAGGUCCAGGGGAAGCGGGGUCACCGUUGCGGUCUUAUUACGCUGGGAGCCCCCCAGGGAGGGGGACCUCCCGGUCCACAACUACAGAAUCACCUGGCUGUCUCGACAUACACACACAGCGCACAAGCACACGCACACACUGCAAGCUCAUCCAGUGCUCAACAACAUGCACACGCGAGCUACACACUCACGCACAGCAGAGCAGGCCAGAAAGGAGAGCAACAGUAAAGUGACUCAAGGGGCGCAGUGUGAGCUAUGGCUGCAGGGCCUGCUGCCGGCGACCUCCUACAUCCUCUCCGUCCAGACGGUGGCCUACUGGGGUCAGAAGAGACUGAAGAGUCACAGAGUCCAACUUGUUUUCACUACCAUCACUCAUACAGGCGAAGACUUCUCCAACGAGCUCCCCUCCUCUUCAUCUUCAUCGUCACUUCCCUCUUCUCCUUCUCUCUCAUCCUCCUCGCCUUCCUCCUCUGACCUCUCCAUCUCCUCCUCCGGGCCUCACCCUGAAUCCCCCCUCAACCCCGUCGCCCCCGGAAACCUGCGGCUGGAGGUCGCUGCCCCUCAUUACCAUGACAACCAGCUGCAAGUGAAGGUGUUCUGGAAAUGGCCGUACCAUGUUGCACCCAGACAGAGACCCCCUGGUCCAUAUGUUCUGCGAUGGCGUCCACAUACCUGCAGCACGAAUGUGACGAGCACAGAGAGAACAACAACAGUGCAGGGCACCCAUCACACCAUUACAGGCCUGCUGUUUGCCUGUAAGUACCGGGUCGCCGUGGCGAUGAAGGCUGACCCAGGGUCAGAGGCUGUUGCCUGGGUUACGACCCCGACUUGCUCCUCCAUCAGGGUCAGAGGAGGCAAAGCUUUGCCCUGCAACAAUGAGGAGCGCCUCCUGGCAGGCAGAAAGGUGGUACUGCGUCCAGAGCGGCUCACUGCGGACUUUCAGCAAGUCAACGGCUCCCUGCUCACUACGUUUCGCUGGAGGAUGUCCCAGCAUGCACUGGACCCGGCAGCUGUCGAGGGGUUCCAGUUCACCUGGACGCUGCAGUCAGAGGUUGCUGCGGCAACGGAGGGACGGGAAGACACGCUUAUCUCCCAGACACAGACAAUUGCACCGUCUGAGCGGUCGGUGACCGUUCACGGUCUUCAGGGCGACAGUGUUUACCAGCUGCAGCUCCAGGUGCUAACAGCAGGGGGAAGCAGUGGCGCUGCAGUCUCCAAGACCAUCCAUACUCCACCAAUCAACACCACCCUCUGAUAGGCCCCGACUGCAAAGCUGCCUCUGUCUGCUGCACCACAAUCAUCUUCAGAAACAUCCACUUUUAUAACGUCUUUCUCUGUGCAGCAGAGUUUCAGUGCAGCUCAGGUGCAAAAAAACAUGACUAAAGCUGCAAAAUAAAGAAAGCUCCUCCGUGUGAAGUAUGUUUUCACAUGAAAUGUAUUUUCCACUUUGAUUGUGUUAUUUCUCUUUCACUUAAAUCACUUUUCAGACAUCACAAAGGUUGUGAGCUCAUUCUAAUGGAAAGAAAUAAUUUGUAUCUCGGUCAUUAAUCUGUCAGCUGACUCAAGGGUAAUCGCCUUAGUCAUUAUUGUUUUGUAAAAAGUGUAAACCUAAGUGUACCUGUGAUGCCAAUUUUAAAAGCACUAACAGCUGGUCUUGGCAGUGAAAACCAUAUCCCUACUUUUCAUUAAAAUGGCCGCGUUUCCCAAAUGAAUCAUCGUGACAUCAUUGGUUCCUGCAUCGCAAGACAUGUAUGUGAAAAGUGAGACUUUUGCACGGCUGCAUCUGUACAUGUUUGGUGUUUAGAUGGAAUUUAAAAAGUCUGAGCACCUCACAUCACUAGAGCCAAAUGACUUUUGUAAAAAGACUUAUUAUGCCUGUUGUUUUUGAUUAUGCUAGUAGAGACUAAUAUAGCACUGACCUUAUGUACAAAUAGAAAUAUAGCAACAGACUGACUGUUUAUUUGAAUGCACGAUCUGCUGCAUUAUCUUUGAAGCUAGUGGGUGUGACUUGGUAUGCUGAAAUCUUGUUGUAAGCUCAUAUAUUUUAAUAUUUUGUUCAUAUGUUUAAAUUUUUUUUUUUUUACUCAAAUAUGUCUAAAUUUGCUUGUUUUUUUAUACAUUGCAGGCUAUCUGCAGAUUCAUUUGACAUAACGGUACACCCAUUUCACUCAGCAACGAUAUGUGACACAUUCACACAGUUAAUAUACCUGUGGUAGACUUCUUUGUUUUACAAAUGUCCCAUCAUUGCUUCAAAGAGGCUGGAAGCUACUGGUGUCAUACAACCAGUAAUUACCGUGUUAAUAUUCUCUUUUUGUAACCGUUUACUGUUAAUAAUUUUGUAGUUAAUUCCAUUACUUCAUAACUGUUAGUUUUAUUUAUUGUUUUUCUGCCCUAGAUUUUUUUUUGUAAUUAAAGGUUAUCAAGACA